ACCCUUUAUGCAACGAGGGAGCGAAAGCGUUUUGUUAGGAAACGAAAACGAAGGAGGCUCCUUGUCGCCAAUACCUUCACAAACUUCAAUUUUUUCUACGAUACCAGGAAUGUGCAACGAUUCCAAAACAGCAGUACUGCCCAUAAUGUGACCACCAAUUACAAUACGGACAACAGAAAAAUGAACAGCAAUGGUGGCAACAACUGCAGCAGCAGCAGCCAUAAAUCCAACAAUAAUGGAGAAAAGAUUAGCAACGUUGCGGUGAAUACCGGAACAAAUCAACAACAACUAAAUAACCGUAUUGGUGGAGGAAACUCUUAUUCUUCAAUUCCUUCAACCAGAAGCGGGCGUGUUGUUAGGGGAAAUGGUGGGAGCAACAAUACAUCGAGUGAAGGAGGUAAUGACAAAACUGGUGGAAUCGCCUAUGAUAAUAGUUAUCAGAAUGCAAAUCGACGAGGGGUUCCAAUCAUCUUCCGCGUUAUGCCAACCGUGGAACUUCAGGUGGUGGUGUUGGUAAUUAUAAUAAUACUAUCGGUAAUUUGCGUAGUAAUGGAGGGAAUGUGA